GCUUGGGAUUAUUCAAUUGCGUAAACUAAUAUCUCAAACGCAUCUAACUAAGUGACGUACUGAAAGUUAAUAAAUGAACUUUGGUUGGAACAUAUCGGGUUAUAAAUACCUUGGCCUUGUGUGCGAAGGAUCAUGCAUGAAUGUUCCAUUGAAGAGUGUUCAAAUAAAAUGUAGGGUAGUAAAUAUGCUUUCAGACGUCAAGGUAGAGUUUUUGUACGAAAACUCAUUACAAGAAGCUCUGGAGGCAUCAUUUGUUUUUCCAUUGAGCAAUGUGGCGGUUUACCAUUUCGAAGCACAAAUCGGUGACAAAAAAAUAGUAUCCGUGUGUCGUCCACGUGCAGAGGCUAAAGAAACGUAUGACAGUGCUGUUGAAGAAGGGCACACAGCAAUCUUGGCCGAACAGGAUGAACAUUGUGCUGAUUUAUUUAAAAUGAACAUCGGGAACAUACCGCCAAAUGGAAAGGUUGCUAUAGUUCUACAAUAUGUUGGACUGGUAGAAGGAAAAAACAUGAAGACAGAUACAUCUAAGUUUAGCCACUCUGAAAUUAUCCUAACUUUGCCAAGCGUUAUCAACCCGCGUUACUACCCGAAAGAAAAAAAGAAUUCCGACGAGUUUGAGCAGUUUACGGAGCUUGUGCUUGUGAAUUCUGUGCCCUACACAAUAACAUUUGAAUCUGAACUUUGGAUGCCGUCAAAAAUUCUGGAUGUCAAAUCAACACGUGAUAGUUUCACUUGGAACUGUACAAACAAUUCUAAUCAUGGCCUUGUCAAACUUUCCUCUGAGUUUAUACCAGAUCAUGAUCUUCAAAUGGUCCUAAGUCUUUCUGAUCCACUUACAUCUCUGGCAUCUCUGGAAUAUGGUGAUCCGAACCAGUCGUCUAUAUUGGCUAUGAACUGUUUGAUGGUACAGCUUUUGCCUGAUAUUCCUAAUGUCGUUAGUUCUAAAGACAUGCGAUAUGAGUUCGUGUUUUUAAUCGAUCGUUCAGGUAGUAUGGAAGGUGAUAACAUUUCUUACGCUAAGACCUCCCUUCUCCUCUUCUUAAAGAGCUUACCUAUGAGUUGUCGUUUUCAAAUUAUUGGCUUCGGGAGUGAUUUUGCUGCUUUAUUUUCAGAACCUACAGACUAUUCUGAAGGAUCGUUAAAUACAGCAAUGAACUAUCAAAAAGACCUAAAUGCUGAUAUGGGCGGUACAGAAGCUUACAAUGCUCUAAAGUCGGCUCUACAUUCAACACCGAGUGGUGAAGGUUGGUUCAAACAAAUCAUAUUUCUUACGGACGGUGAUGUAGGUAAUGCAGAUGAGGUUAUCGGUUUGGUACGAAUGAACGUUGACAAAGCCAGAGUAUUUACUAUAGGGCUUGGACAAGGAGUAAGCACUGCACUAAUCGGUGGUGUUGCUCGAGCUGGCAAUGGUACAGCAGAAUUUGUUCGUGAUCCCUCUCAACUUCAGUCAGCUGUGAUGAGGACUCUUUCAGCUGCAUUACAGCCAAGAGCUGAUAAUAUUGAAAUGAAUUGGAAGCUAGUCGAGAAAUUUCAUGAUGGCAAGGAGAAACCAAUUGAAGUGGUAGUUGUUCCCAAGCAGAUAGCUCCAAUAUUUCCCGAUCGGUUCUCGACAUAUUUCGGUUUUUUCAAAUCUGAUAAAUCAUCAACUAUCCAAGGACAAGUAAAUUUCAAUUUUAGUGUACUAGGUGAAAAGAAAUCAUUCAUGUUAAGUAUAUCGAACGUGAUAUUGUUUAAUGACAAGUUGAAUUGUUCUGGAAGUCUACCGAUUCAUCGGCUAGCAGGAAAUAUGCGAAUGAAUGAACUUAUAGAUGAAUACCAUAGUAUACAAUUAAAUGAAAUGAAUGAGAAAAAUGAAACAGAAUUGAAGUCCAUACGUCAACAAGUUGAAGAUUUAUCAUGUCAAUUGAAUAUAUUAUCAAAAUUCACUUCUUUGGUCGCUGUAGAUCCAGUCAAGUUAGAUGUUGAUCCGAAGGAAAGAGUUAAAGUCACUGUACCUCUUAUGUUCCGUCGUUUCUCUGUUGCACAAAUGUCAAUGCCUACAGGGAGUAUUUGUUAUGAUACCUUAGAUGGUAAUUUCGAUGGAGCUGUUGAACGCUGUGCUACAUCAAAGUGCGCUUACACUGGUUCGUUGGGUUUUGAUACAGACAUGUGUGCUGAAGGUAGGCUCGUCAUUAUCUUUUAAUUACCUGCUUACUUACGCCUGUUACUCGCAAUGGAGCAUAGGCCGCCGACCAGCAUUCUCCAGUCCACUCUGUCCCGGGCCUUCCUUUCCAGUUCUGUCCAAUUUUUCUUCAUGCGGUCGCUAACCCCAUGCCCAACCCUCCUCCUUUAUCCGGGCUUGGGUCUGGCAGUAGCCUCAGUGGAGCUCCAGGUGGAGUUUUUUAAUUACCUAGAAUUCACUAUCGAUUGUAAUGACAACUAAACUUAUCACAGUUAAUACAUUUUGUCUCUUUAUGGUUCCAAAUACACCUAAACGAUAAGUGUCAACAUUAUUUCAAUCGAGAUUAAAGGUUUCCAGUCAAUAUAAUUAAAAACGUAUAAAAGAGUAUAGUGUACUUACUUAAUGCAUGCGUUUUUAUAGAAACCCUGCAUAUGUAAUAAAUUGUUUUACAGAAUAAUAUUCUGUAAAUUGUUUAUUCGCGUCAUGUGUACAAUCACAUUUCUAAAAUAAGUAACAUUCAAUCUCUCUUUUUUUAUUUACUAUACUCAAAUUAAUCUAUUUCUUCAAUUUGAAUAAUUAUAAAAUAAUUGGUAAUUUUAAUCACAUCAGUACUACUUUAAAAUCAUCAUUUAAAGUAGUCAUGUUUGUUUUUUUAUAAAAAAACCCAGGUUAUUUUGAAGCGUUAUUAUACUAUUGUCUAGUGUACUUGUUUCAAUCAUUUGAAGAGAUUUAUCAAGUGUUUUCAUUCAUUAAACUAGUUACGUGACUAAGUUCUCUAACUCCCCCCCCCAAAAAAAGAACCUUCAUAUUUAGUGCAAACCUUUAAACAUAUCCUUAUUAAAACUGUUUAAAUGUAAAACUCUCAUAAAAUAAAUUGUACACUUGUUUCUUAUUUGUAUGCUUGUUAACUAAUGGUAUAUUAUAUCAGCUUUAUAUUGUGGCAAGCCCAUUUGGCCUCUGUAUCAUUUGUCUAUUCAUUGUAACUCAGGCUCUUGAUUCACUAUGUUAAUUUCGGUGUGUAUGAUCGAAUGCAUGUCUGUACAUUAACUUUUAAGCUAUCCUCCUAUUGGUUUCAAUGUGCAGAUAAUCGAUAAUUUAUCCACACCCGAUUAACUCUCAAAAAAAUAUAUGGAUUUUAAACACACUCACUCACUCUGUUUCAUCGUGUGCUUGCUCACCGUACGCUUGUGGAUUUUUAUUAACCAUUAACAAUAAACUAUUUCUAUAACUGG